AUGGCCAAAUUCUUGUGUGCUUUCGCUGUUUUGGCUCUGUUGGCAGUUACCGCUGAUGCAAUAAAAUGUUACGUGUGCCCAUUGGGGUGCACUGGAGACGAUAAGUCCAAAUGGAAUUCUCAAGAGUGCGGAAAUGCAAUUCCAGAUAUCCAAAAAACGUGCCUGAAACAAGUAAUCCAACUCCCAGCAGGUGGAACCAGAGUGGUCCGCAAGUGUGCCCUUAUACCAGCUGGCAAAAAAUACGAAUGCCUUGAUGCCCCCGCAGAAAAAACUACCUCUUGUGAAACCUGCACAUCAGACUUGUGUAAUUCAGCAUGA